UAUUUUGUGUGUGGAUGUGUGUAGCUGUUUGCGUGUGUGUGUUACAAUGAACAACAAUUUAUUAUUCUCUGCGAUAUUGCUGCUGGUGUGGGUGACAUUUGAACAAUUGAGUUUUGUUGCCGCCGGCUUUGGUACAAGUGUUAAUUUAACCGAAUUUCGUACACAUCGUCAAAAACGCGGUUUAAUUUUCACAAAUGGUGGCACAAUAAAGUUGUCCGUAGGUCCCUCCAUGCCCGUACGCUUGGCUGAUCCCUUAGCAUGGCGUUCAUUGGUGUGUUCAUACACUCUGCAAGGCGGUCACUAUAAAAUACCUCCAGAACCGGUAUAUCCAUGGGACAAAUGGGAGGAUACUUUUGCAAGAUCUCUUAAUCAAAUGAGAUCAAAAUUUGAACGGUACGGUGAUUACGAACAGGAUGAGUCACGUGAAUUUCUGUACAUGGUGCUGGAGAAAUAUAUGACACGUAAUGAUAAUGAUGGCCAUCAGUGUCUACUGAGGGCAAUAUGUGAAAAUGCACAAGUUCAUGAGCAUGUAGGAGUAUUUGCCAAAGUCUUAGAUGUUGUAUUAACACCAGGAAUGGAACAGUUGGAUAACUCAUACAGAAUGGCAUUGCAGGCUGGCCGGCAUGGUGCUGAUUGUAUACAAUUAUUUAAUAAAUGUCCCAAAGGCUCUAGUCUACUGGAUCAAUAUAUUGAUGAACUUUAACGUUAAAGCUUAAAUGGCAACACACAAAUCUGAAAGAAACCAAAAAAAAAGAAAGAAAAAUAAUAAAAUUAUUCA